GGGAAAGAUGGCGGCAGAAGGGGAUGUUGAGUUAGAAUUGGAGACUGAAGAGAACUGCAGCGAGCGUCCUGCCGACAAACCGCGCAAACAUGACAGUGGGGCCGCUGAUCUGGAGAGAGUGACAGACUAUGCCGAGGAGAAAGAGAUUCAGAGCUCCAACUUGGAGACGGCCAUGUCAGUGAUUGGAGACAGAAGAUCAAGAGAACAGAAAGCAAAACAGGAGAGAGAAAAGGAGCUGGCCAAAGUAACAAUCAAGAAAGAAGACGUGGAGCUUAUUAUGAAUGAAAUGGAAAUCCCUCGAACAGCAGCAGAAAGAAGCUUGCGGGAACACAUGGGGAAUGUAGUAGAGGCGCUGAUUGCUUUGACCAACUGAUCUUCUGGAUGCUGCACGGAUUUUUAUCUUGUUGAAGAAAAUUUACUUAGAACUGAAAAGAUUUUAUACUUUCAUUAAGAGUUGUGGACUUUAUUAGGACAUUAAACAGUGCUGUUUUCCUUCUUAGCAUGAUUAUUUGGACAUAUUAAAAAUAAUGCAUUAUUCAGGGCUCCAUUUCCAAAUACUGAAGCCAACAGUAAGUGUACUAAUUUAUUUAGAAUAAACACCAUCUUUCUAAA